AUGUCAAAGGCAAAGAAGGUAUCUCGGGCGCCCGCAACGGCAACUCACCCGAAUGGACGUUCGAAGGCCAAGGAGGGCGCAAAGAAGUCUAUGAAGCGGGCGAUGGCACGAGGGAAGGUUACACAGGCUCGUGAAGCUUUGGAUCUUGAAUUCAUGGCAUUGCGGGAGACCAAUGCCAAGCCGAGAGAAGUGAAGCAGAAAGCUGUGGUUGAGCACUCUAUGGACGAUCUUGCGAGCUUCAUGGGUGGACUAUGA